CGGACCUCGCGCCGCCUUUGUCCGCCGGUGGCAGCUGGUCUCGCGGCCGCCGCCCGCGAUGGCCCCGCAGCAAGGCCGGCCCGCGUUGCCCACCCGUUGCGAGCCGGCGGCGGCACCGCCCGUACCGCCUCGCCGGGAGCGCGGGGGGCGCGGGUCUCGCGGGCCCGGGGUGCCCGGGGGCCGGGGACGCGCGGGCGGCGCCGAGGGGCGCGGCGUCAAGUGCGUGCUGGUCGGCGACGGCGCGGUGGGCAAGACCAGCCUGGUGGUCAGCUAUACCACCAACGGCUACCCCACCGAGUACAUCCCCACGGCCUUCGACAACUUCUCGGCUGUGGUGUCAGUAGACGGGCGGCCUGUGAGACUCCAGCUCUGUGACACUGCAGGACAGGACGAGUUUGACAAGCUGAGGCCCCUCUGCUACACCAACGCAGAUAUCUUCCUGCUGUGCUUCAGCGUGGUGAGCCCCACGUCCUUCCAGAAUGUCAGUGAGAAGUGGGUUCCGGAGAUUCGGUGCCACUGCCCUAAGGCCCCCAUCAUCCUGGUUGGGACACAGUCGGACCUUCGAGAAGAUGUCAAAGUACUCAUUGAACUGGACAAAUGCAAAGAGAAGCCAGUCCCCGAGGAGGCGGCAAAGCUGUGUGCGGAGGAAAUCAAAGCUGUCUCCUACAUUGAAUGUUCAGCCUUGACUCAGAAAAACCUCAAAGAGGUGUUUGACGCUGCCAUUGUUGCUGGCAUCCAGCACUCAGACUCCCAGCAACAGCCAAAGAAGUCUAAAAGCAGGACCCCAGAUAAGGUGCGGGACCUGUCCAAGUCCUGGUGGAGAAAGUAUUGCUGCCUGGCCUGACCCUAGCAAACAGCUGGUGUUUAAGCCACAACAACUCUUUAAGACAUGUGGGUGUGGUCCUAGGACAAGCCCUCAAAGUGUCCCCUUCUGUCCUUAAUUUCCUGUCUGUGAGAUUAGGGUUGAGAUUCAUAUGCAAAAUAUGUUAGAGAAAUUUGGAAGUUAAGAUUUUCUUUUCAUAACUCUGGAAACUUAGAGCUGUAGACCUCUGGAUUAAUUUAUAUUUCAUAUGAAAAGGGCUCUUCAAAGCUAGGUGUCAGCAUGAAAUUCUGCUGCAUUGUGCAGGACAAAGGAGAACGUGACCCUCUCCUAAUUAAGGGCUACUGAGUGCUCAGUGCAUGACACACGCAUCCCGGACUUGGUGAGAUUAAGUCCCAGCUUUGAAACCACACACACCAUACCUGUUUUUGUAAGAGCAAAAAUCUGAAAAACAGAGAGAUGCUUCUGCCUACAAGACCUCAUACCCAUCCCUUUUGUCCUUCACUUGGACUAACUUGCUUAAGAUUUUAAAACAACCAAAACAUCCCACUGGCUCCUGGCAUUGGGCUGACUGAAGAGUACACUUGCUUGUUAUGUUUUUGGUUUGUUUGUUUUUGAAAUCACAUGACCAGUUGUGUUGCUAUGAAAAUGGUGGAAAUGCCUCUUGGAAGGCAAGUGCUGGGUGCAGAUCUGGCGUUUUUUUCAGGGAGCAACUCAUGUUGGGAUCAGAGAGUGCUCUUUGCUUUUGGGAGGGUCUUGUGUCCCCAAGCCAUCUGUGUCCUGGUGAUGAAAGCAAGAGGAAGUUCUUGUCUAGGAGCUUUAAGCCGCCACACUCACAUUGUCCCGUUUGCAAGAAGUGGGCACCUUCCUUGAGAGAAGCCAUAGUCGAUGAUUGUGAGACACACAUACCUUUUCUUAAGUCUACUGAAAUGUCUAUCUGUGCACACAUACAUGUGCUUGUGUGCAUGCACACGUGUGUGCACACACAGAUGGCUGGUUUGCUGAUGGAACUUUGAGACACACAAAAAGCAUGUUUGCAGAUGUCAGGGUGGCAUGUCUUCCUCUUCUUGACAUUUCUUUGAACAGACAUCAUUUUGUAGAAUCUAUCUUCAUUUACACAUUUUUGAGACCACCUUAAAAUGUGGGAUGGACAUACUGUCGAUAUGCCUUCAGGGUCCUGUGACUAGGGAGGCACUGUAUUUUGGGGGAGGUUCUUGUUAGGGGUCAGUCAGAACAUCAUGUUUGUGGCAUUUGUCCUUUAGAGGGUCUUAUGGCUGCCUGUUCUGAGACAGCCCUGUGUCAGGAAAACACUGCUGUAGGUACUUCCAAGAUGCCACAGGGGCCAGACAUUGAAUCCCAGCUUCUGCUUUGCUGUGGGCAAGGUACCUCUUUAUGGCCACCUGGUAACAAAUUUUUCUGCCUGUGAAUUUUUUUAUAUUAAAAAAAAAAUCAACCUUAUGUUUUUCUAUAGAAAAAAAAAGUAAAAGAUCAGGCCAUAUUUCAGGUCAAAGACUUCUUCCUGCUGGUAAAUAGGACCCAAGACUUUAUUAAAGUUAAAAAGCUGAUUGCUGAACCACUACAACACACAAACUGUUUGUGACUGAGCCUUCAACACAGUGCCCAUGACAUCACCCAUGCUUUCCUGAAGUGUUCCAUUGUGGCCUGAGCGGUAACAUUGCUUCACUUAUGGAAAUGCUUGUAACUGACCCAGUGACUGAGCUUGCUACCCUACUGUGCUUUGGCUGUCUGGGAAGCCGCUUCUAAGUCUGCCCUGUGUACAAAGGAUGGGUGGGGAAGAGUGAGUUAUUUAAUUUUAAAUGUUAUAAUAAAAGCAAAUGUAGUAGAGACCAAGGAAAUGAGCAUUUAGAACACAAACUUGAAGUUUUGUGCCAGGACUGUUGGGCCUCACACCCUGCCUCUGGGCCACUGGGAAUUGAGUGGCAUGAAGGAUGCUGUGUGACUGAGUUCUGGACACUUCCUUCUAGGAUGGACACCCCUGGACUGUUUGUGCCACAAAUCUAAUGGGCUGACACUGACCUGCAAGCUUUCAAUAUGUUACUGCUUUCUGUGGAGUCAUAGGCCUGACUAUACUUGAGGGUUUCCUGCAUUUUUACUUUUCAAAAAUAGAGAUUUGGGCUGAGAAAAUUUUAAAAGUGUGUGCCUGGGUGAAAUGUAUAGUUGGUUCUCUUCAAAGCUGAAAAGUGGCGGAAUGUACAGCUUGGUGUCUCGGGAGGAUUCUGAGCCGUGUGUGUAGCGAUGCCUCUUCAGCUUGUCUCUCAGUGUAGGCCGACUCACCUGAAGAACACACUGUGGCAGGCCCCAAGACUGUCACCUCAUCAUGUGUGCAAGCAAACUUUCGAUAACUUUAUUUCCUGUUCAACAGACAUUUGAGCAGCUACGCAGAAGUCUCAAGCCAAAAGGGGAGCCUCGCCGCUCUGCAGGUGCCUUACCAACUUGUGCUUUUCCGUUUUCAUAUGUGAAGAUGUGGGACAGAACCUUGUACUUGAAAAUGCUAUAAAUGAAUUGUUAUGAAAUAAAUUCUGACCUGUGGACAUA